AUGCCUAGUGGUGAAGCGCGCAAAUGCGGUGGCCUACGUGUUCAGGGACUGCAACAGUUGCUAAACGUGUCGCGGUUCUUAUCGCGGUCUUCGCCUUGCAGUCCGUCACCCGCCAACUGGUCAAAACCACGUGAGUACGGCGAGUGCAUGGCGGACACACCGCCCGGUAUGAAGAUCAACUUCGACGAGCAGAACAUGACCAAAUGGGAAGUGUUGAUGGAUGGCCCAGCCCAGUCGGCCUACGCUGGCGGCCACUUCAAGCUCGAGAUCACCUUCCCAACCGAAUACCCCUUCAAGCCACCCGUUGUCAGCUUCCGGACCAAGAUCUACCAUCCCAACGUCAGCAACGACGACAAGGGGUCCAUGUGCCUGGGUCUGCUGCGUGCUGACGAGUGGAAGCCGCCAAACAAGGUCGUCUCCGUACUGCGCCUGAUCCAGACGCUCCUGAUCGAGCCCAACCCGGACGACGCGAUUGAGCCCUCCAUCGCCAACGAAUACCGCGAGAACCGCAAGGAGUUUGAGAAGAACGUAAAGGAUUGGGUCAAGCGCUACGCCAAGUGA